AUGGCUCCUCAGCAACAAAGUAUAGCUAGAUUCUUUGGUGGUGGAGCAUCAAAGAGUAAACCACAAGUUGAAAUUUCCAAAUCAGGUAAACAUCCACUUUCACCUUCAGAUAAAUCCAAUUCUUCAACUCUGUCUCCAGUAUCUAAGAAACAAAAGUUAGAAUCAUCAACAGAAACUUCAUCUAUUGACUUAAAAGUUGAUACUGAUCCAAGUGAAAGUGAAGAUACUAUAGAUAAAGAUAUAAAAUCACCUAUUCAACAAGCUAAUGAGUUAAUUAAAUUAACUAAGAAAGAACACGAAAAGCAUAAGGGAGAAGUUCUCGGAGCGAAUAUUCCAUAUGCCAGAUUAACAGAAGUUUUUGAUAAAAUAGAAAAUGAAUCUUCCAGAUUAAAAAUUAUAAGUAUCGUGUCUGAAUUUUUCUUAGAGAUUUUACAGCAAUCAUCAGUCGAUAAAUUGGUUAAAAUAGUAUAUUUAUUUAUUAAUCGAUUGGGUCCAGAUUAUGAACCUGAUUUAGAAUUGGGAUUAGGAGAAAGUCUUUUGAUUAGAGCUAUUAGUGAAUGUUCUGGUCGAGCCUCAAGCAAAGUUAAGAAAGAUUAUCAAGAAGUUGGAGAUUUAGGUAAAGUGGCUCAAAAAUCCAAAUCAGCUCAACCAACUAUGUUUAAACCAAAAUCAUUAGAUAUAGAUAUGGUUUUUACUAAUUUAACUCAAAUUGCUAAAUCAACUGGUAAAGAUUCUGUAUCUAAAAAAGUUGGUAUUAUCAACAAAAUGUUAACUGCUUGUGAUGCAAAGACUUCAGAAGCAAAAUUUUUAAUUCGUUCUUUAGAAGGUAAAUUACGAAUAGGACUUGCUGAAAAAACCGUCUUAAUCGGUUUAGCCCAAGCAUUCUUACUCUUUGAAUCUAAUUCAAAUAGAAAAAUUAAUCCUGAAAAGUUAAAUGAAGUAGAAGACAUUAUAAGAGAAGCAUUUUCAAGGAUUCCUAAUUAUGAGAUCAUAAUUCAAGCUGCUUAUGAUCAUGGAAUUGAAAAUAUUUUGGAAUACUGUCAGUUAACUCCUGGUAUUCCAUUAAAACCUAUGUUAGCUAAACCAACAAAAUCUAUUACUGAAGUUUUAGAUCGAUUUCAAGGUGAAGAAUUUACUUGUGAAUAUAAAUAUGAUGGUGAAAGAGCACAAGUACACUUAUUAUCUGAUGGAACAAUUAAGAUCUAUUCUCGUAAUUCGGAAGAUAUGUCUCAAAGAUAUCCGGAUUUAAUACCUAUUUUAAGAGAAGUUAUGCAUUCUAAGAGUACAACAUCAGCGGUUUCUAUGGUCUUGGAUUGUGAAGCUGUUGCUUGGGAUAGAAUAAAUAACAAAAUAUUACCAUUCCAAGUUUUAUCGACUCGAAAAAGAAAGGAUGUCGAUGAAAAAGAUAUUAAAGUUCAUAUAUGUUUAUUUGCAUUUGACUUAUUAUAUUACAACAAUGAGGCUCUUAUUACUCAUUCAUUAACUGAUAGAAGAAGUAUCAUGCAUGAAAACUUAACUACAAUUGAAGGUAAAUUUCAGUUUGCCACUGCCAAAAAUUCAUCGAAUUUAGAUGAAUUACAAGUAUUUUUGGAUCAGUCUGUUAAAGAUGCCUGUGAAGGGUUGAUGGUUAAGAUGUUAAACGGUAAAGAUUCUUUUUAUGAGCCAUCUAAAAGAUCCAGAAACUGGUUGAAAUUGAAGAAAGAUUAUCUUGAAGGCGUUGGAGAUUCCCUUGAUCUAGUUGUCAUUGGUGGAUAUAUAGGUCGAGGUAAGCGUACUGGAAGCUAUGGUGGAUUUUUAUUAGCAUCUUAUAACGAAGAUACUGGGGAAUAUGAAACAACUUGUAAGAUUGGAACUGGAUUCAGUGAUGAAGAUCUAAGCUCAAUCCAUGCUAAGUUAAAGCCGACAGAAAUAAAGAUGCCAAAACCAUUCUAUGUUUAUGAUACAACUAAUUCGAAUGCUAUUCCUGAUGUUUGGUUUGAACCUACUACUGUAUUUGAAGUAUUGGCAGCUGACUUUUCAUUAAGUCCAAUUUAUAAAGCAGCUCAUCAGGAAUAUGGAAAGGGGAUCUCAUUAAGGUUUCCUCGAUUCUUAAGAAUUAGAGAUGAUAAGGGGAUAGAAGAUGCUACUAGCUCUACUCAAGUAUCUGAAUUCUAUCGUAGCCAGGCCAAUAUUAAUAUAUGA